GUAAAGGAGCAGACGGCCCAGAUGCGUUCCCAUGGGCAUAUUCUCGCGAAACUUCUAACCUUCGUCACAAAGGCUUGCACGACUAGUUCUGGCUGACUGCUCCGCAAGCACCAAGAACCUCGCCAGCUUUCAUCAGCUCCGGCGACUUGGAGAAAGACGAAGCCACAAAAUCCGGUGCUCGCACGGUGAGGGGAGUGGAUUUCGCUGCGCGGUGAGGGAAGUGGAUUUCUUUGCGCGGAUGGGGCAGGCGUUCCGCAAGCUGUUCGAUGCCUUCUUCGGCACCAGCGAGAUGAGGGUCGUGAUGCUUGGGCUGGAUGCCGCGGGCAAAACUACCAUCCUGUACAAGCUGCAUAUCGGGGAGGUUUUGUCGACUGUUCCCACGAUUGGUUUCAAUGUCGAGAAAGUUGAGUACAAGAAUGUGAUGUUUACUGUUUGGGAUGUCGGUGGCCAAGAGAAAUUGAGGCCCCUGUGGAGGCACUACUUCAACAACACGGAUGGCUUGAUCUAUGUGGUUGAUUCAUUGGAUCGAGAGAGAAUUGGAAAAGCCAAAGCUGAAUUUCAGGCAAUCAUUAAUGAUCCUUUGAUGCUUAACAGUGUCAUAUUGGUAUUUGCCAAUAAACAAGAUAUGAAAGGGGCAAUGACACCAAUGGAGGUGUGCGAGGGCCUUGGCCUUUAUGAUUUGAAAAAUCGCAUCUGGCAUAUCCAGGGCUCCUGUGCCCUCAAAGGUGAUGGUCUAUAUGAGGGCUUGGACUGGUUGGCAAGCACGCUGAAGGAACUGCAAGCUUCAGGUCGCCUACCGUCAGGAGGGACUUCGUUGUUCUAAGCAGCAAGCCUGCCUGUAAGAUCCUUCGGCUGGAAGAUGCGCUUUUGUCCUGGAUCGUACCCAUCCCUGGGAUAAGGGGAUGACCAUUUCUUGUCUAUGAUCUAACCUGCGAUGUAGGUCUUGUAAAUUUUGUUGAAAGUUCAUACAAAGCUAACUAGGCGGAUGCAUUUGUUCAUAUAUGAGAACUGAUAAGUCAAAAUGCUUGUGAUACUAAUGUAAACGUUUCUGUAAACUUGAGUUGGCAAAUGCAAUUUAUCUCGACAAA